AUGUCUAGUCAUUACUACUCCCUAUCUACUUUCUCUUUUCCCACCUCCUCCUCUCUCUUACUUGUCUUUUCACUAUCCUUUUUACUCUUUCUUUCUCCCCCCCCCGUUUUUCUUUUCUUUACUCCUGCCUGGCUUUUAAAAUUGCGAGCUAGAUUUGCAAAUGUGAUGCAGAAACUUCCAUCCGAUAUGAUGGACGAAAUUUCUGAUGUCCUCUCUGAUUUGUGCGAACACAAACCGUACAAUCACUUAAAGGAAGCGAUCCUCAAGCGUACUGGGCGUUCCGAGGAGGACAUGAUUCAAGAGAUCCUACGAAACGUUACCAGAGGUGACAAGACGCUUACCCAACUUCUCAGUUUCACCACGGCGUUAACGCAGUUCACACCCCCGACACAGCAAAGCCCGAACGCUACGAGCGGAGUGAGACAGAACGGGCGUUGGCGGACCUGCAAAGACAAAUACGAGAAAUCCAGAUCUCCCUGCACCCACGAACAAGGAAACCGACCCCGUCUCGACAACAUCGAAGAACCCCCAGUCGAGAACGGCGAAGCGACCAGGGCAUUUGUUGGUUUCCUCGCACAUUUGGCGAUGGAGCCAGGAACUGCAGACCUCCCUGUACACACCCGUCGGCUCGGGGAAACGAGUAAACCGGAGGGUGGCGACGACUAA